UUAAAAUCUCGACAUCGGAUAAUUGUUUGAUUGCAAAUUUUGUUGACAAAAUUCUCUCGAAAUAUGGUGUAAACUUAAAAAUUUUUGAUUAUCGCGAGUGUACUUUAUCUUUUACAUUAAUUGACUGACCCAUUGCUGUGAUCCAGCACCAUGUCUGAGAGUUCUGUAGAGGAUUUACCUGAUCAGUGUAAAGACCUAUUCACACAAGAUGGGGUGCUGCUCAAAGCGUGCAUCGGACGGCCGGUCACUGACCUCAACUCUAUUGGCAUGCUGUGCAUCGUCGUCAACCCCGACGGCUCCAAAGGCAUUGAGUGGAGGCCCAAUGACUUGAUCACUAUCGAGUCCGACACGCAAGACCAAGAGUGGGCUGUUGUUAAUACCAUUGGUCGUCGCCAACGCACACUUAGCGGUAACAUGACGUCGGAUUACGCGACAGCCCGAGCCCGAAUCAUAAGGAUUCCACUUCAGGAGCUAAAAACAUUCCGUGUGACGCGCAACAACCAACAAAUGCAGUUCUCAACGAAGCCGGGAGUGUGGCAGACCACCUUCUACUUCCAGCACGGCAACGCGGAGAUAUUCGUGGCUUACCUGAAGAAUCAUGUCAAGACAGCCAAGACCAGACAUGAUAGACACACUUAUGUCGUCGUCGAGCCCAACCCUGAAUCGCAGGUGCUCAACAGAUCGUUCGCGGAGCUGGACAUCUUCACGGAGAACACCACGGACGUGGUGUGGAGCCUCGUGUCCAAUUUCAAGGAGAGGCCCUACAAGACUACGCUGGAGGCCUUCUCCAAACUUACGGAUAUAGUAUAUUACGGCAACGAGGCGACGAAUGGGAAAAGGGACGUGACAGAGGAUGUGGCCGACCUCCUCACGAAGAGUAUGAGUGCUCUCGAGGAGGCCACCACCACGACCAAGAGCGAUGAGUACGAGGUCAUCAGCGUCAAACCCACCUUGCCUCCGCGACCCUCCAUACCGAGAGGCACACCACUGUCUACGGAGAAGUGGGAGGGGCUUCAGGACCCGGAGGGGAGGGUCAUGGAGGUAGACGGGGUCAAACAGCUCAUAUUUAGAGGGGGUAUUGCUCACUCAAUACGACACGAAGUAUGGAAAUACCUGCUUGAUUAUUAUCCAUGGAAAAGCACGCACAAAGAAAUUAAAUAUUUGCGCAAGAAAAAAACCGAAGAAUACUUUUGCAUGAAACUCCAAUGGCGGUCCAUGACAGAAGGACAAGAGGCGAGAUUCACAGAAUAUAGAGAGAGAAAGAGUUUGGUAGAAAAGGACGUCAACAGGACCGACAGAACACACCCGUAUUUUGCAGGCGACAAUAACCCAAAUUUAGCGGUUUUGCAAGAUAUAUUAAUGACAUAUGUGAUGUAUAAUUUCGAUUUGGGUUACGUACAAGGCAUGAGUGAUGUUUUGGCGCCAUUAUUGUUGCUUUUGGACAACGAGGUGGACAGUUUUUGGUGCUUCGUCGGGUUUAUGGAUAAGAUUGUAUCGAACUUCGACAUGGACCAAGCGGGCAUGAAGCAGCAGCUCCAGCAGCUGCAGCAGCUGCUGACGUUCGCGAGCCCCGCGCUGGCGCAGCAGCUGGAGGCGAAGGACUCCGGCAACAUGUACUUCUGCUUCCGCUGGCUGCUCGUCUGGUUCAAGCGGGAGUUCUCCCACAGGGACAUCAUGAGACUGUGGGAAGUGCUGUGGACGGGGUUGCCAUGCGCGAACUUCCAUCUCCUAAUAUGUGUUGCCAUCCUCGACGCUGAGAUGGACGUUAUUAUGAGCAGGGAUUAUGGAUUCACUGAAAUCUUGAAGCACGUAAACGAUCUGUCAAUGUGUCUGGACGUGGACCGGAUACUGAGCUCGGCCGAGGGCAUCUAUCACCAGAUAGUGUCGGCCCCGCACCUCACGGACCAGAUCCGCGUGAUCCUGGGUCUGCCCGCGCUGGGCGCCGCCGCCCUCGGGGACGAUACCACGGACAAGUCCAACGGAACCAGACCCGACAUGGAGGAAGUUAUGUAUCAAAUAGGAUUAGAUAUGAAUUUCUGAGCACGGAUUUACUCGAAUAUGACGGCAUAAAAAUAACGAUCGUACACAAAACAGUUUGGGCGUUGCUAGCAUAGUAUAGCGCAUUGAAUUUCGGGAAGAUAUAGACUGCUGUUGAUAGAUUUUAUAUUUUUGUACAUACACUGUGUUUCAAUUAGUUGUCUGUGGACGUCAGCGGCUAAUGUCAAAUGAUUGAAAAAUUCAUUCGAUUAAAUUCUUGUGUAUAAUGUUAAUUCCUAACUUUUGCUUUUUUAUUACAAUUUAUUUACCUUAAUUGUUCUAUCGAAAAGUAAAGUAAUUUUGCUAUAACUGUAACUAUUUAAAGCAAAAAUAUCCCAAAAUGUAAAAAUGCACGUGCUUUUGUAGAAAAGUUUAUUGGGUUCGACCCACCACUGGGAAAACUGAAGACUCACAGAAUAUAAAUAUAUCAUCUGCUGACCUUGUGUAGCGUGACAAGGAGCUUAUAAUACAUUGGAGUUUUCAACAAGAACAUAAAGAAAUCACGCUCAAACUACUGUGUGAUAAAGAUGGCAAUAUUUUCGUUACAAAAUCAUAUGUUUCAGAUAUUGGAUAUCUUAGACAUAGGCAUGAACCAACGAUGCACGCACGUUUUCAAACUAUUUUCAUUAAUUUUUUAUUCAUAUAAAUGUGACAAAAAUAUUAUUGAUUUGUAUAAGUUUUUCUCAGUCAGUGUUUAAUUUCAUUUUGCGAUUGAACACAAUACGGCUGCCCGUCGUCGGUUCAUGUCUGUUGUGUGAUGUUUACUUUCCUCAAAUAAAUAGAUAUAUGAUCUGGACCACUCUCAGACUAAUAUACACUCUAAGGCCAGCUGAGGGAGUCGCUGCUGUCGAAUAAAUUUGAGAGGUGGCAUUCCGAAAUGAAUUGCCUUAGAUCGCCGGGUCAAAUAUUCUUGUCAUAAAUAUAUACAAAUAAUAUGUAUUUGUAUACAGAAAUAAUAUACAUUUGUAUACAGAAUGACAAGAAUUAAUAUUAUGCAUACAUAUAAAUAUGACAGUAUAGGUACUUACAAUAAAAACAAGUAUGUACUUGUAGUAGACCCGUGUAGUUUCGUGCAAACUCCAAUGUGUUACAAACUUCUCAGUACUUAUUGAAAAAGUCAUUGUAAGGCUCAGUUUACACUGUGCAAUUUAUACGAAAUUAGAUUUUUCUUUUCACUCGUGUUAUCUUAUUCUUUGUCCACAAAAUGGAUUAGUUUAAUUUAGUUUAAUUUCCACAACAUUUCCACUAUCAGUUGAACGACAAAGCCUUUUAUUUAUUUAAAUUUUUUAUAUACUUGAAACUUGACUCUUUAAACUUAAAAAAAUGUCAACCAAUACAUUGCAAGAAUAUAUAAUUAAGAUUUUAUUUAAAAAAUGUGUUGAAAAACAAUAUGGUUGCAUAUUCUUUAUAAAUGCGAUAGCUAUGGCAGACCAUGGAUUUAAUAAGUACUUGUUGUACGGAGUAUCUACUAAUUCCAUGUGGCAGACACGCAGAAUAAAAUAUAAGCACAGAUAUAAUAAUUGAAGAUGUUACACUUGACUUGGCGCUUAUAUUAUUUUAGAAGAAAAAAACGUGCAACUACUUUAUUGUAAGUACUUUAUUUUAUGACAUGUCAAUUAAAUACAAUAUUUUGCAAAUUCAAUAUUAAAAUCCAUGCGCUCUGUGUCUUGCCUAUUUGUAAAUUGAAAAUAAAGUGUUGUGCCACUGUCUUUUGAAAAUUGUGACAUUCCAUGCGAAAAUAUACCUUAGGGAAAAAAUUACGCUUACCAUAGAUUAACAAAAAGAAAUAAAUAUUAAUGCUUACGACGUAUUAUGCGCAUCCUAUGCCUUUCCAAAUAAACUAAACAAAAAAAAAAGUGUUAUGCGCA